AUCGAUGCAUCGAUAGGGCCAACGAUGUAUCUGCACCUCUAAGAGACAACAGAACGACAACAAACAAAACAACAUACGAAAACUAAUUAAAAAUCAUACAUAGUUUGUGGCUGUGUUAGAUUGGUUUGUCGCACGCCGGGGGGAGCGGGGGAGAGCCAGUGCCAUUGGCAUAAAAUGGAAGAAACCAACAGCAUGUGUAAGAAUGUUGCCACCACAAUUCUUGCUGUACCCGAAACAGCAUCAUCAUUACCAUCACCCUCAACAACAUCACUGUCGACGUCAUCUUGCAAGGCAGCCAUGCAGUUCAAGCUGGCUGCCGAGGAGCCCGAGGAACUGCUUGGCUCGGUGACCACACAAAAUUGCCCCGGGACACGUGCCAGCGCGCGUGUCAUCCAGAAAAUGAAACUGGAUUUGACGCGUCCAAUGACACCGCCACCGGCCGAGCGAGAGCAUGGCAAAAAGGAGGAGAAGGGCAGCCAAAAGACGCCGUCGCAGAUGCGAGCGGCAAACAAAACAACUUGGACGAAUGUGGAGCGCAAUUGUUUCUUCGAUGCGCUCAAUGAGUUUGGCAAGGAUUUCGAAGCGGUGGCGAAUUGCAUCAAUUCGAAACUGAAGCGUCGCAACGCGAACAGCGAGUACAGCUUCAAGAGCAAAGAUCAAGUGCGCCAACAUUACUAUCAAACAUAUCACAAGAUAAGCAAAUAUGUGCGCUACUCGGAUGAGCUGAAGAAACCCGCCCAGGAGCUGUACACGCUGAUCAAUUAUGGCGAAAUGCGUCGCAAGCUGCAAUUUCUCACGGAGAAGCAUUUCAUGAAGCUGAAGCAGCUCAUCUAUCAGGGUCACAUCAUAGUUCGCUGCAAGGGCAAAAAUAUACGCAUCAAGACGCCAUCCUGCAAAGCGUUGCGUCGCCUCAAUCAGCUCGAUGAUACGCUGGAGGACAUACGCUUGCCCAGCAAGAUCGAGGUGCUCGUCACGCCCGCCAACAUGGAGGCCUUUGGACGCGUCCAAUCGCUGGCUCAGAAUCCACGCGCACGCGCGAUUGUGCCGCUGCAUAAGAAGCUGAUUAGCUUCAUCAAAACGUUUCAAUACAAAUGGCGCAGCUUCGAUGUGCGACUCGCCGAAGAGCAGCUGCUGCCCCCCUCUUCCGCUGUCAGUGUGGAGCCAACAACGACGUCAACAACUGUUGCUGUUGAGACCGCAAUUGUGGAGCCAGCAUUGUGUUUACUGCCUAAACCUGGUGUGCCAAUACAUCGUCCCCUGUUGAGCAUCACAGCGUAUCUGAGCAGCGUCAACAUCUGUCUGACAGCCUACGAGGAGCGUCUGGGUGUCAAGGUGCGCAGCGAGACGGUUGAAAGCACCGCAGCAGCAGCGGCAGCCAGUGCCAAGAGAGCGCGCACCGAAAGCGGCUCCGAGAAACGUUCACCAGAGGCCAAAAAACUGAAGCCACAAUGCAGUCCGGCGCAUGAAAAAUCCGCCGAUGAGCUGGCCUUAAAGCUGGAGAAUAGCAGCGGCGAUGAGUUAAGCGAGGAGAUCAAUGAGUUGCUCAGCCAGCCAGUCAGCAGCAGCGAGGCAGCAGACACUACCAUCAUCAACAGCAGCAGCCUGAUGAAUGCUGUAAACACAACCGGUGCAACGGCAGCAACUCCCGUUGCAACUGCACCAACAACAACCGCUGCAGCUGCAGCGCCAACACGUGCCAAACGCAAUGAUGCGCCGGGUGCGGGCGGUGGCAAGGGAUCGAGAGCUGCAAAUGCUGCGGCUGCUGCAGCGGCACGCAACUUUAAGCCGCUACUCAGCGAUGAGGUGAUCAAACGCAUACGCAAGGGCUGGACGGUGUCGACGUCGGCGGACAUCACGAUUGGCGAUUUGUAUGUUGUGUUGGGUCAAGACUCAAAGCUGGAACUCGAGUAUUAUUGGUGCGAUGCAGAGCUGAGCACAGCCAGCAGCUCCACAAGUGUCAAUGCCACCAUCGCCACAACAAACACAACAUCGUCGCCAGCGUCGACGUCAUCAUCAUUACCAUCAACGGCAUCGUCAACAUCGCUUCCGUACAAUACCAACGACUGUGAUAGCGUGGAACGCGUUAAAGCGAUACAAACGGCCACGGUUAGCAAUAAGCUCAAGCAUCUGCUGCUGGUGGCCAAUCUGAGUGAGCGUGUGCGCAAGCGACAAUGCAAUUGCGGCCAUAGCUGUGAUCGCAAACGCGAUCUAAUCACCAAGGCGCAGUGGCUCAACAGUCUGGCCAAUGGCACAGCGUCUGUAGCGGGAGCGGGAGUGGGAGCUGGGGCAGCGGCUGCCUCUGGCGUGGCCAGUCACGACAGCAACGAAUCCAUCUUCCGCACACCCAUGAUACCUAUGCGUCGACCCAUUAGCAGUCUCAUGGAUCCAGUGCGUCAAUUGUCCAAGCUAACGCGCCAGAAGAUGUCGCGUCAGGUGCUGGUGCAACGCUGCAUCCUGCCGGCGGGCUCGGAUGUGAGUCGACCCUACGAUGUGCUCAGUCUGCGCAAUCUGCAAAACGGUCUCUUCGAGCCCAUUGAGCGUGUUAGCAGCAGCAGCAACAGCAGAGGCAACGGUACCGGAAAUGGUCAUAUCAGCUCAGCUCUAGCCAACAGGAGCGGCCAGAGUUUAGCGGCACAGGCCGAGAGCAGCAGCAACAGCAGCGAUAGCGGAUGUAUUGUCAGCGGUACGCUGGACAUGCCAAAUUUGGAUUUUGUGGAGACAACAACGACCCUCAGUUCCGCCCUAACACCCGCCAGCAGCAGCGGCGGCGCCAGUUUGCCCGAUGGCGCUCAAGAUGAGAGCACCACCCAAAACUUCUUCACUGGCAGUGUCAGUCCGAUGCAUUUGCUGCGAGAUUCCACAUCGAAUGCACGCUGGCUGGAAGACAACAUCAAUGACUUCUCGCUGACCAGUUUGCUGGGCCAUCUCGAUGAUUUUGAUGCCACACGCGACAUACUGGAUCCAUCGUCGAGUCUGUCGGUGAUUAGUGAAAGCAGCGUUGAUUUUCGGCAUAAGUUUCAAGAGAUUUCGGCGCUGCUGCAGCAGCAGGAAAAGGAUUAGCGCUGGCCUCGCUGGCGACACUCCAAAACUUUUAUGGACCAAGCCAAGCCCCAGAAUUCUUCGAACGUCUUCAGCAAAGUAUUCGUAUUAUUUAUCGUCACUAUUUAAUUCCAUGCAUUCAAUGAAAAGUACAUGAAAAACAGAGAGAGAGAGAUAGAGAGAGAACGCUCACAAUUGAGAAAGAGAUGGAAGAUGGAGAGAGAAAGAGAGAGAACUCAAACAUUUUAACUGAGAGAUAUUAUUGAAAUUAAUUUUUUAUUUAUCUUAAUAAUGUUUAACCCUUCGAACCUUCUAACACCAGAAUUAGGUCUUGUGAUGUUGAAAUUGUUCUUUUUUUUUUAUUUUUUUUUUUU